UGACUCUGAAUUGAUGUCUCGAUAGUAUCUGCGAAAUUCGUCUUCCAGCCCUUGCAAAUGAGUUUUUAUGUCAGCUUUUAAAUUUGCGUCCAGUAUGUUAUUUUUAAUUGCUUUGAACAGCCGAGAAAAAGUUCAUAAACGCGAGCCAACAUGUAGACUUUGGACAGCCAGCCCCGUACUUCUGUAUGGAACAGAAGAACUUUGUGAUCAGAAUUGAGAUAAGCGCGCACUUGCGGGGGGGGGGGGGG